GGCACAAAUCUGUGCUUUCCAGCUUUGAAGCAGCAUUUGUAAGGUGCCUUGUGCUGUUUCCUAAAGCCUGAAGAAAUGACACCAGUCAAAAAGGGCAUUCUCGAGCGGCUGAACACCGGCGAGGUUGUCAUUGGCGAUGGUGGCUUUGUGUUUGCCCUGGAGAAGCGAGGCUAUGUGAAGGCAGGCCCCUGGACACCGGAAGCCAGUGUGACUCACCCCGAAGCUGUGCGACAGCUGCACAGGGAGUUCCUAAGAGCUGGAUCCAAUGUCAUGCAGACAUUCACCUUCUAUGCCAGUGAUGAUAAACUGGAGAACAGAGGCAAUGACCUGCGUCUUACUGGACAGCAGAUCAACGAGGCUGCGUGUGACCUUGCCAGGGAGGUGGCCAGCGAGGGAGAUGCACUGGUUGCAGGUGGUGUUUCCCAGACACCCUCCUACCUGAGCUGCAAGAGCGAGGAUGAAGUGAAGGCUGUUUUUAAGAAACAGAUGGAUGUCUUUGUCAAGAAGAAUGUAGACUUUUUGAUUGCAGAGUACUUUGAGCAUGUGGAGGAAGCGGAGUGGGCCGUCCACGUUCUGAAGAUGAGCGGAAAGCCGGUUGCGACCAGCCUGUGCAUUGGACCCGACGGAGAUCUGAAUGGUGUCAGCCCCGGCGACUGUGCUGUCAGACUGGUGAAGGCUGGUGCUCGGAUUGUCGGGGUGAACUGUCACUUUGACCCCAUGACCUGCGUGAAGACUGUGAAGCUGAUGAAGGAGGGAGUAGAGCGAGCUGGACUCAAGGCCCACUACAUGGUGCAGCCCUUGGCGUAUCACACCCCCGACUGCAACCGCCAGGGCUUCAUUGACCUGCCAGAGUUCCCCUUCGCUCUUGAGCCCAGAGUCGUGACCAGAUGGGAUGUACACAAGUACGCCAGGGAAGCAUACGAUGCAGGCAUCCGCUACAUCGGGGGCUGCUGCGGGUUCGAGCCGUACCACAUCCGUGCUGUGGCAGAGGAGCUGGCGCCUGAGAGAGGCUUCCUGCCUGCUGCUUCUGAGAAGCAUGGAAUGUGGGGCAGUGGCCUUGACAUGCAUACCAAGCCCUGGGUUCGGGCCAGGUCUCGCCGUGAGUACUGGGAGCAGCUCCAACCUGCCUCUGGCCGCCCAACCUGCCCCUCUAUGUCCAAGCCUGAGGGCUGGGGUGUGACCAAAGGGCAUGCGGACCUGAUCCAGCACAAAGAGGCCACGAGCAAGCAGGAGAUGCAGCACCUGCUGGAGAUGCAAAAGAAAGCUAAGGCCAAUGCUUAAAGAACAACAAUCUUCUAACACCUGAGGCUCUUUCUCGUUGUUUGUUGGCAAGAAGACGAAAUGAAAAAAACCCAGGUUACGUCAGGUUUCAGCCCUUCGAACUGCUUUUUCUCUGAGUUGGAAAUGCACUGUAAUAAAUGGAAAACCGAAACAUUUGACCAAAGACAUUCCUUGU